GUGAGGGGCUGGACUUGGUCCACCCAAAUAAUGAAGGUUUGGAUUGUUUGCUGCUUACAUUAGAAUCCUAACCUGUUUUGUGUGUUGUUACUAUUUACUAUUUAUUCUAUUUCUAUAUAGUUUAUUAUUAUUACUGUUAAUACUUUAGAGUAUUAAAUUGAGAUUAUUGUCUACUUGUUUUAUCUUUUGCUAAUAUUUAUUUAAAUUUUCCGAGGUUACGAGGCUGGCGAGUGAUGGAGAGAGACUUCACUUCAAGCUACCUUUAUUUUCUGCUGCUGGGGGCGACGCGUGGUGGACCGUCGUGUGGAUUUACUUCAAACUACAACUUUAAUUUUCGGCUGCUGCUGCAGUUUUGGCUUUCUUCUUUGGUGAGUGAACUUUCAUCGUUAGCGCUAUGGAUGUCUCACGGUUAUUGAAGGACGAGCUGUUGUUUGAGAUUGGUCUGAGAGGCCAAAAUUUGUAUGAGGCGAGGAAGACGGUUAGCGAGCUACGUCCUCUUUUAAAAUCUUUGAUGGAUCAGGAGAGGGAAGGUGCGGUCUUUGACCCUGACCUGCCUCGGACCUCCAUGGACGAGGCCCUCAUUCAGUUCGACUCUAAAGUUGAGUCUUUAACCGAGAUGGUGCGUCCGGAAUCGGGCGUGUUCGACCCUGCUACCGCCCCUCGUGUGCGAGCGUUAGCCUCGCACUGCAAUAGGCGUUUGGGGUUUAUGACCUCUGGGAAAUUAGGUCGGUGGGAAGGCGAGGAGCGGGUUGAAAUGAAGAAGUCUGCCAAGCUUCUUAAAACCCUUGUCGCUGAGUUCCGUUCUUACGGAGAUACCAAUCUUUAUGCGGCUACGGAAGUAGAGAGUGUCUCUGUUGUGCCUGGUUGGGUGCCGCCUCAAGGCCCACAGGUGCGCGUCAAGGGGAAGCCUGAGGGGGGAGGGCGUAAGGAGUCUCCAAAGGCAAGCAGGAAGUCCAAGAAGAGCAAGAAGAGUAAAAAGUCCAAGCGUAGGUCCAAACGUUCGGUUUCUCAGUCUAGUUCCACCUCCCGCUCUUCAAGCACUUCCAGCUCUAGUGGUAGCUCUUCAGACUCUACUGUUGUAAAGAAACUGUCAAACUUGCGUUUGUCCAAGAAAGUGCCUACUGAUCUUGCCAAAUGGGGAGUUCAGCCUUUCUCUGGUGACCAAACAGUCAGUGUUUGCAGUUUCAUCACCGACAUUGAGGAAAAGGCCAAAUGGCGUCGGGUUGACCCCAACUGCCUUGUAGCUGCCGCCUCAGAGUUCUUUACCGGUGAUGCUAAAAAUUGGUUCCGUUCGGUGUACUCUACCAUCGAUAGUUGGGAAGAAUUUAAAAUUGCCUUACGCAAAGAAUUUCUCCCUUUGAAUUAUUAUGACAAUCUGAUGGAAGAGAUAAGGGCUCGCAAGCAAGGUCCGGAUGAGAGUAUGGGCAUUUAUGUUGCUAACAUGCGUUCCUUGUUCGAUCGUUUGGGAUCAGGACUCGAAGAGGAGUAUCAGCAGCAGGAUAAUUGGAAACUCUCCAUGACCAUUAAAAAUCUUGCACCCUAUUACACCGAACAUUUGUCCCUUGUAGGCAUAAAGUCUUUUGAGCAUUUAAAGAAACUUGGUAAGGAGUUGGAGGCUAGCAGGCAUCGGGUGGACGUGUACGAGGGAAAGUCUCGUGUCCGUAAAAUGGAGCCCGAGUUUGCCGCUAAGUCCCCUCGUCCUCGUUCGAAGCCUCUAGUGCAUGAGGUGGAGACUGAGGGGGAGGAGGAGCGUAGGACAGAGAAACCUGAGCGUUCUGAGAGACCGAAGUUGACCUGUUGGAACUGCGCCGAGACGGGUCAUCGCCAUUCCGACUGCAAGAAGGAGAGGAAGAAGAUGUUCUGCUUCAAGUGCGGGCAUAAGGAUGUGUCCGUGCGGAACUGUCCCCGUUGUAAGCAGACGGGGGAAGCGUAAGGGGGC